AUGUUUUUGAGAAUAGCAUCCAAUUUUAUAAGACAACCUAUAAUGAUGAAACAAAUUACAAAAUAAUUGACAUUUCUCCCAAUGACAACAAUAUUCAAUAAUCAUAAAUUAUUGAUCUAUAAUUUAUCAUAAUUGAGAACAGAAUUAUUACAAAUCGAAGAGUAAAAUGAUGAUGAUGACUUAUUGUAAAAACUGUCUUUGUAUAGAGUAGAUAGAAAGAGGUCCCCGUUCUCAGGAAAAACUCAAAUUAAUUGAAUUGAUUGAUUGAUUGUUAUAGUCAUAGUCAAACAUAUUCAAAUAUUCAAAAUAUACUAUGAUUUUAUGUGUGG